UUGACUCCAAGAUGGUGGCCCGGACCGACUGACUGAACCACAAGUAGCGGACGAUACUUCUUUGUGAGUGGAUCUUGAGACCUGGGUCCAAGCGUAAAACCCUGAAACCUGCUGCCCACUAUUGUCCCUGAAAGCCGCCGACAUGGAAAAUGACGCGAAGAAUGUCACAAUAAGAGAGCUUCGCCGGGAGGAAGAAAUGGAAGCACGUGGCAUCGUGGUGUCUGGACUCUACCGACAGAUAGUGACGCUCGAUGCCGCCUGUAAGAUCAUGCUCUCAGUGAUACAACUGAAGCCUUCUCCCUGGCAGGUUUACAUCAUGUUGGGCCUUCUCAUGGCAAUCUUUUACGCAGUCUCAAAUUCUGUGCUCGUGUCUGUAGGUUUGACGGCCGUCUUUAGUAUUCCCUCCUCUUGGGGACUCCUCUACUGCAUGCUCUGGCUAUACGUACAUGAGGCACGAAGGGAGCUUGAUCACCUGUACUCCUACUACAACGACAAAGCCGGCAGCAGGUUCUGGGUGGCGGUUUGCGGCGGGAAGAUCGCCGGGACGGUCGCUCUGGACAGGACGUCCGACACCGUGGCCGAGCUGAAACGGAUGAGCGUCCUGCCCGAGUACCGACGCAGAGGUGUGGCCACCCGCCUGAUGAAACGUUUCGAGGAGUUCUGCAGAUCUGAUGGCGUCAAGGAGACAUUUCUGACCACUUCUUUUGUUCAGCUUGAAGCUGUGCGUCUCUAUCAAAAGUGCGGUUUUGUUAUCUCCAACACGACGGAGGUAGGCUUUCGACUAGAGAAGAUGAUGUAACUUCAAUCAAUUCAACCAUAGAUUAUGGUCUUUUGUAUAAUACUCUCAUGUAUUUCUAAAAACAAGAUAAGAAGAAUAUAUGUGCACAACAGAUGGAUAACGAUAGAGAUGGAAUGCAUCAUCUUCAUCAUCCCAUGGAGGAAUCCUUGAAUUGACCAAGGAGGUUAACCUCCUUGAUUUGGCGCAUUCCGUUAUGAAAUACGUCGUACAUAGAAGGAGCAAGGUUUUUUUUAACCUCCUUGGACGGAGUAUACAUAAAAUAUCUAGACUUAAAAUGUACAAAGAUGAAAACUAACAAAUUCGCAGCCUCCAGACAGAUGCUCUCUUAUGUCAAAUCGAUUUGGAAGCAUCAGGUGCUAACUGUUGGGCGUGUGGUGUACGCAACACUAGAGAGAAAUGUGGUUAUGCUUUUGGCACGGCGCCCAGUCAAUCUUCUCAAACACGUCUCUUAUCACUUCAUCAAUUCUUCAGUCUUUUCUAUCCGAAGUGCAUAUAUGCAUAACGAUAACAAAGUUGUGAAUGCGAAAAAUAAACUUAGAACGUGCAGACUCUUAGAUUAUAACGAAGCAGACAAAAUUUACACCACAGAUCCACCGUUACCAAACUAAGAGUCAGUUGUACCAAAUUGCGAAUUGAAUCAGGAAUAACCACACAGAGCAAAGAAUCUGCCAAUUUUGUAGUUUAGGUAAAGUAGAAGAUGAAGUACAUUUUACUGUGGAUUAUGCUUUGUACGAUAGCGAUAGAAACAUUCUAUUCGACUAUGUGUGAAAUAAAUUUCCCCACUUCAGGUACUUGAAUAGUAAAGAGAAAUUCAUAUUCCUUACAGCCUUUGAUAAACCUAUCCUAACCAUCCAUACAGCUAACUACAUUUAAGCAAUUACCAAGAAGCGAGAGUCGAAUGUACUGGAGCGGACUAGACGUUUAUUUGUACCAAGGAGGUUAAAAAUCAACCUCCUUGUUUGUACACAGUCACUUCUUCUGGAUUCGUACAUCAAGUUAACAAUAAACAUGUAUAUGAUUGUUAACAUAUGAUCUGUGUUUAGCCCAGUGGGGCAGAAAUGUACAAUGAAGGUCUUUAUUCAUUUCUUGAUACACUCAGACACACAGAAAUAAACAAGCUAGCGUCAUAACCUCAUUGAAUAUACCUAACGUCUACCAAAGGUGCCCCCUUUUUGUGUUGUAGUCAACCAUCUAAUAAGAAUGAACUCUUCCAAGCCGGGUCAAUGACCGUGCGGACACCUUGGUCCCAGGAUG